CGAGCGACAGACUCUCUUAAAACUUACUCGCUCCUCGUGGUGGCCGGACGCCCGCCUCGCCUGCCCGCGCCUCCCAACACCACCCGGAGAGCUGUGUGACAAACCGGGCCAUGUGUAGUGGACCCGCCAAGGAGGAUCAGUGUGCCGCAGGAUCCCCUUUGGAGCGGGAAUAAUACUGGAAGCCCCUCGGGGUGGCUCAGCAGGCCCGUUGUUUUGGUUCUGGGGCGAGAGUGAGUGAGUGACUGAGAGGCGGCGGACGUCUCUCCCUCUCUCGGUCUCUCCCCCCUUUUUUUUUUCCCUUCCUCACUGCCUCUUCCCUCGCCUUCUGCCAUGCCGCCCACACUCCGUUAAGGCUACAUGGGUAUUCAGUCAAGCCUUAAAAUGAGCUCAGUGAAAGCCGGGAACUGCUGACAUAAGACUAAGGAAAUAAUCGUAAGGAAACAGAGACAUGGUGGUGGAUCUGUGCUCAUGAUUUGGUGGGGCAAGAUGUGGACAGCUUAAUACUUCAUCCAGUUUGUCUCCUUGACUCUCCUCUCCUCCUGGUGCCUUAGAACACUGCAGCACCACCACCAUGAACCACGACAUGAAGGAGGAGCGCAUGUCGCCAGUUCUCCUGGGGGGCAUGUGUCCCGACGGCUCACACCUCCCGUCCUCCGAGGAGCCGAGGGACCUCAGCAUCAAACGCAAGCUGCGUCCUGUCCCUCCGCCACUGGACCUGAGUAAGAGGAACCUGGAGCCUGAGGCCAUGAUACCAGAGUUUGCAGCCAUCAACACUACCAGCCCCCGCUCUCCUCUCACCCAGAAGAGUCUGCCUCUCAGGAAAAGAGCACACAGCUGGUCCUUCCAGCUGGAGGUGCAUGGGCUCCAGCUGCCAGCCAACACCUCUCAGGGAGUGAUCCGCUGCACCGCAGAGAUCCGGGACCAGACUACAGGAGCCCCAUCCUCCUCUUCAUCCUCCUCUUCGUCUUCACUAAGGAUCCCAGGCCUGCCCACCCCCCACACUCCUCACACCCCACACCCCCACUCAGCUAUCCCUGUCAUCACCAGUCGAUUCUCCUUCAGCGAGGGAAACUCUGGUGAUGGAAACCCUGGGGCAACAUCCAUGGCCCAAGGGGACCUCUCUGGUUCCCAGGGUCCCUUAAACCUCUCUACUGCAGCUGUCAGUGGGCUGCCCUCCUCACUACUCUCCCCAGCUCCCUCACAUCCUUCUACCUCCUCCCUCAACUCAUCGCGGGAGGAACUGGAAAAUGAGGUGACGAUGGCUGAGUGCCAUGCCUACUCCCAUGCUCCCUCCCCCCACAUGCCUUCCCCACACAUGCCCUCCCCCCAUCAUAUGUCUCCACAUCCCCACCCCACCAUGGGCCCUCAAGGACUAGGUGGGCAUGGGCUGGCUGACAGGCUAGGGCCAGGAUCUUCUCCUUGCCCUACGUCCAUGUCCCCUCAGCCCACCUCAGGGCACCAGUGGCCCACCAAUGUGUGGUCUGUGUUCAUGUCUGGGGUGCGGGUUCACUUUGUGCUGGGUGGAGGGGGCCAGGUGACUGGGGCCAAGAUGAGUGAAGAGCUUGGCCAACUGGAGCGCACCCACCAACAGCGCUACGCUCCACACGGCCUCCACCUGAUGCGCAUCCUCCAUGAAGGGCCAACACCCCAUAUGGCUGCUCCAUCCUACUGCCAGCUGUACUUUAGGCCUGUGGUGGUGCAGCAAGAGGACAUCAUGGUGGUGACGCCGCCAGACCACCCAUUCUAUGUUCACGGAAAAGGUUGGUGCAGUGUGUUCCCUGAGAGGACUACAGAGCGCUACAGUCUCCCCUGUCAGCAGCUCCAGGAGGGGGAUGUGUGUCUACCCCCCUACCACCCAGAGACCACCCAGACCCUCCCUGUCGUCACACCUGACCUCACUGAUGCCAUGAAGAGGUUUGACUUCAAUGACGACCCACUUGAAGGAGGCGCUGGAGCAUACUCUGCUCCUCCUAGUGCCACUUUCCCCCCACACACCCACCGCACAGUCUUCCUCUCCCCGCCAGCCUCACCCUCCAAAAAGAACAGGGAGGGGGCUCGGGGUGGGGGACCUGCCACGGGAGGACCACCUCCUGGGUCCAUGGAGGGGGCGGGGGUCAGGGCUCGGCGGCCCAUGAAUGGUUUUAUGCUAUUUGCAAAGCACCACCGUUUGAAGCUCAUCCAGCAGUACCCCGGCAAAGACAACAGGGCUAUCUCAGUGCUCCUUGGUGUGAUGUGGAAGUCGCUGGCUGAAGAGGACCGAGAGACCUUUAAUGCCGAGGCUCGAGCUCAGGCAGAGGAGAGGAAAAAGAUUGAUCCCGACUGUUGGAAGAGGAAACGCUCCCACUCCACCAGCUAAGGAACCACAUUUCUAGGGACUACUAUAUAUAAUUUUUUUAAUGUAUGAAUGAUUCUUUGAUACAGUUUCCCUCUGAGCAAAGAAAUCACCAGUGCUGCAAGUUAUUGUUAUUUAUCGUUUGCUCGUCCAAAGGUGAAUAAGUGCCAGUCAAAAUUGAUCGUUGCACAUUGUGUCCUUACAAAGCUUACAGUUUUGCGUUGCCCAAUUUUUUAUUGUUGCAUUUUUAUUGAUUUUGUCUUGUGCAUCUCCAUCUGGAUAAGGGAGUUGCCAGUUUCAAGUUCUGUGAUUUUUCUCUUUUAUUUUACCAAUCAGAUUUUUUUGUAAAUGUGUUAUGCAGAUUUGCAGAACUACCCUCAAAUAACUCUGCUCACCUGUCACCAUAAAGUCCCACCCUCAACCUCACUCUGCAAUGACUAUCUUCCCUAUGGGUAUCCUAGGAAAGCCUCAAGCAUGCUGUCACUCAUUCCUCCGGUGAAAGGAAAUAUCAUGACUUCCCUCUGAGCCUUGCCCGUGUGUCAGGCCGGGAAGCACCACCCAUGAUUCAUGGACUUAUUGUGAGUCUGCUGAGGUCUCAUUAGCCUCCUCUUUCUACUCUUCCACUUAUCUUGUGUUUUGAUGUAUGUUUUUUUUCUCAUUUUUAUAACACACUCUUAGUUAUGAUGGGUUGUGUUAUAGUUGCUGUGUCUUGCUGUUUCCAUUCUUUUACCGUUCUCUCUCUCUCUCUCUCUCUCUCUCUCUCUCUCUCUCUCUCUCUCUCUCUCUCUCUCUCUCUCUCUCUCUCUCUCUCUCUCUCUCUCUCUCUCUCUCUCUCUCUCUCUCUCUCUCUCUCUCUCUCACAUAGUGCUGUGCUACAGUCAGAAAGCAGCUUGCACUGUCAUUAUUUUGUUUUUUGGUUUGUUUUCCCUGUUGUAUUCUUACUACCAGUGAUACUGCAACUGAAAUAUCAAGGAACAAGUAUUAUCAUCAUAUUUAUAUCGUAGUUAAUAAGUUUUAAUACGUUCUUUUCUUUUCAAAUUUAUUUGUAAGCGUGUGUUCUGCUUCAGCUUUUUUAUUGUUAAUUUAUUUGGCCUACACUAAUUUUAUUAUUUAUCAUUAUCAUUAUUAUUGUCAUUAUUAUUCUCAUUAUUAUGAUUAUCAUUGUUAUUGUUAUCAUUACAAGUAUCGUUAUGACUGUCGUUGAUAUCAUGAUUGAUCUCUGUAUUACAAUGUCCAGGGGUGAAAUGCAGUCUUUACUAACUUAUUCUACUUAUGAUUUUGCUGUGCUCUUUCCAAUGCCAUUUGUUGAUUUGAUUUCAAAUGCAGUAUUUUUAUAUAACUUAGUUGGGAGAGUAGUACUCUGAGGGCUUAGCUGGGUGUGACAUUUUUACUCUCCCUGCUGCUCAGCUGACACCGUUAUUUCCUCCUCCGUUACUCCUCGUCCCCAUCCCCCCAAGGUGCCGUCCACAGUAUUACUUUCUCGGUAUUGAGGGAAUCAAGAUUGUGUUCACCUGGAGCUCAGCAAACAUACAUUUGGGCAUCGUUCUAGGUCAGUGCAGGCCUGGCUAAUGCAGAAAAGAAACUAAGGAAAGCCAGAAAUCAGAAAAUGUACUUGUUCUUUGUAUACGCUCGAUACCUGCGUGUGCAUGUCUGUAUGUCUGUAUGUGUGUGUUGUGUGUGUACAUGUGCCUCUUGAACUAAUGCUCGGCUUGAAUUUGUGUUUCACAAUGCCAUUCCUCUCCUCUUUAUAUAAUUUUUUCCUUUACUUUUCAUCUGAAAUCAAUUGCGGACGUCCCUCAGGCAUAUCAAGAAUUACUAAAUACAUUAGAACACAUGCCUUACUUGAAUGUGAUAUUAGGAGAGUUGAGAUCUAUCAAGCACCCUGGCCAGUGACCUUCCUUGCUGGGCCUGUGAUGAUUAAGGUAUAUUUAUUAGCUGCCAGUGUGGCCUGAAGUUUCUCAUACUUAUUGGCUAUUUUCUGCAAUAUCAAUCCAAAUAGUUGGUAAUUCUAACCUAAGGUUAUUGUCAUAAGGUAACAUUUGUGUUGCUCCAGAGUUCUUUAAGGAUCGCCUGGUUGACUACAUCUCUAAUUAGAACAAUUAAACCCAUAUAAUAGAAGUGAUUUUAUAGUUUGUUAGUUAAUUUUAUAUUCUUGAGAAAUUUUGUUGUCUGGCAAAGACUGUAUUUGUAAGAGGAAGCAUCGUCAGCUGAGACAGUGGACUUGAUUACUGUGAAGUGAUUCCUGGCCUCUUUUAAGUGUUUCCUCUUCCACACACACACACACACACACACACACACACACACACACACACACACACACACACACACACACACACACACACAGUAGUCACAAG